GCAGAAGCUGUGGAUGGAGAUGAUUUCCGCUGUCAGCAGGGAUGCAGACGGAUCCAGCAGCACCGAGCUGAGUCCGGCCUCUCCUCCCGCUCCGACCUGCUCCUCCAGAGGGAGGGAGGACAGGAAGGGGAAGAGCCUGAUCCGCGGCUGGAAGAGGGACAGGGACGCUCCUCUGGCCCGGAGCAGGAAGGACAAACCCGGAGAGGACCAUCAUGGACCCGUCUUCCUGCCUGAGCAUCACCCCGGACACGGAUCCCCCUGUUCCGGGCCGGACUCCCGGAUCCCCGGAGGAGAGAACAACGUAAACAACAACAACAACAACACAAACAACAACAGCAGCAGCAGCGGAGGAGCUUUUGUUGUCCGGCGGCAGCUCGAAGACCCGCCGGCCGCCAAGAAACACCGAGGAGCCGAGAAGGUGGAUCCCAUGUUCACGGUGCCAGCUCCUCCGGCUCCGGGUCACCCGGGGGCCCCUGGACCCUCCCUGCCCUCGGCCCCCUCCUUCUCCACCCCAGCUCUGCCCACCUCCAGCCCGAAACAACUGGUGGUCAGGACCCGGUCCGUCGGCACCAACACGCAGAAUGGAGGCGUGUCGGGGGUCCUGGAUGGGGACUCGGCCUGCUUGGGGCCCUGCCAACCUGGAACAAGUGUCAACUUGGAGGGGAUCGUGUGGCACGAGACGGAGGAAGGAGUUCUGGUGGUGAACGUGACCUGGAGGAAACGGACCUACGUGGGAACUCUGUUGGACUGCACGAAACACGACUGGGCUCCUCCGAGGUUUUGUGAGUCUCCUUGCAGCGACCCUGAUUUACCUGGCAUCCGUGGGCGGGGCAAACGGAUGCGGAUGGCCCUGGCAGAGCGACCUUUCAUUGAGCCGUCUUCAGGUGCCAAACUUAGAGGUCUUUCUCACCACCGGAGUCGUGGCGGCGGCGUGGCAGGAACCGCCUCGUCCAUCCACAACAAAGGUCGGCGGGGCAGCCUGAACCUCAUCAACAGCAGCUGCAGAGCUCCUCAGUCCUUUUUCACUGUGGAUGAGGUGAAAGCUGCCGGCUCUGCUCUCUCUUCUGGGAAGAGGAAGAACAAGCCGCCGGUUGAGCUGGACCUUAGUCUCGCCUCUUCAGAUGACAUUAAAAAUGGAAAUGGGAAAAGGAUCCGGGCGAAGUCCCGAAGCGCCCCGUCUACACCUCUGGGCAAAUCUGACCCCUCGUUCAUGGAUCCAGGAGGAGGGUGUGCUUCUUCACCUCCUCCACCCAUCCUCAUCGACUGCCCACAUCCAAACUGCACCAAACGCUACAAGCACAUCAAUGGCCUGCGCUACCACCAGACACAUGCCCACCUGGAGGUUGAGAAGCCUGAGCUUGGACCCAUGAAGGACGGGGACAGUGAAGACCGACUGUCAGACUGUGAGGAUACCAUCAACAAUGAGACCUACGAGCUCCCAGAGAACAGCACAAAUUCCAGCCACUCCUCUAAGAAAUCUGCUCCUCUCUACAAGGUGACCACUGUGGGGUCACCAAAGAACCGACGAUUACUCCUCAGUACUGACCACAGCCCCACAGCCAACUCUAAAACCAGGAGAACCUCACUUCUAAAGGAUGGUCUCAUUGAUGACCUCAGCAACCUGCCCAUCAUCUCCAACAUGACCGUGGUUUUAGAGAACUGCAUGGUCCCUGACCGGAGCUCUUCAGUAGAGAUGCCCAAACUGGAAGCAGAAGGGCUGAUUGAAAAGAAGGGAGGACUGUAUGACAAGGGCAAGAAGGCUAACGGGAAGGUGGACAAGUUGUCCAAGUCAAGGACCAACCGGCCAAUUGCUCCAGCUCCCGCUCCGCCAAAGCUGAUAGCCAUACCCAACCCGACGCAUCCGAGCAGCUUGGCAGAAGUUGUUACCCCACAUCAGCCCUCUCCCAUGGCAGCUGUAGGCCUCACCAGUAAAAACAUGGCCCUGAAACCCAUCAAACCAAAGCUUAGCAUUGUUGUGGAGCCAACCCUUGUUAAAGCCACCAUGGUCACGUGCAAAGAGACACGGAAAAAAGAAAAACGUAAGCUGAAGGACAAACAUAACAAAGACGCACCAAACAGGACACCUAACGGUGACAGUGGUGGAAUCAAAAUGGAUGAUGGACCUAAAAUGGGUGCGAAGGAAAUCUCUGGGAGCCUUUUGAAGGAGCACCUCAGUAAGCAGGACCUAACAAAUGGCUUCACAGAGACCCAGGAGAGCAGGAUGGCCAGCAUCCGAGCAGAGGCCGACAAGGUCUACACCUUCACCGACAACGCCCCCAGCCCUUCCAUUGGCAGCUCAUCGCGACUUGACUCUACCGGUGGUUGCUUAGCAACAGGAGACAGCAGCAAAAACAACAGCCCCGCCUACUCCGAUAUCUCUGAUGCCGGGGAAGAUGGCGGAUCUUCCGAAUGUCGGUCAGACGUGCUCAGAUCUAAAUCGGGCUCCUCAUCUUCCUCUGAGGUGAGCUCCAUUUGUAACCAUGGUAAUCCUGGUAAAACCCCUCCCACAGCUUCUGCCCAACCGUCGAAGGAGCCCCAGUCCCCGUACUACCACAGCUACGAGCCCUACUUCCUUCAGGGGUACGUGCAGUCAGACAGGCAGAGCAACGGCAGCAUUUCCUUCCACAAAAGCUCCGCCCACGACUGCAAAGGGAAGGACAGGAAGGAUGACAUUAAAGAGGAUGACAAAACCUCCCCCCACGACUUCUCAGAUCCUAAGAAAGGAGACGGGCCACCUCAGUCUCAGCUCCAGUUGGCCAUGAGUCAGACCCAGACAGCUUUGGCUCAGUCCCUGUACUAUGGCCAGUACUCCAGAGGGCUGUACAUGGACCAGAAACUCUUACUGGCCUCCAAAUGCUGUGACCAGACCCCCACCACCAAGCAGAGGGGGUCGGGGAUGAGAGACGGAGAGGUGGGGGUUUCGCCCAGCGCACCCCUGCUAGGUAAAGGGCCAGAUGGUGCUAAAGGGUGCUGUCCCAAACCCAUCCUUUCUUACAUAGAGAUGAGUGACAGGGGAGAAAGGGGACAGAAUCUAAAGGUGGUGCACAGGGACAUGGUGGACCAGCACCAGGUCUCCCUGAACGACUGUGAGGACAUCAAGUCAUCCUCCUCCUCUUCUUCAUCCCUCCACAACCCAAACAGUCAGAUAGACCUGGACUCAAAUGUUUCCUUUUCCAGUCCCUCAGACGGCCCAGGCCGGGCUCACCGCUUCACUCACAGCAAACACUCGGAGCAACACGAGGACAGCGCCCAGGAGGGCGACGCUGACUGUGGGAAGGAGUGGGGAACCACCAUGGAGUCUGCUGGGUCCAGGAUCACCUCAGGAGGAGCAGGAGUUGAUGCUAAAAAAGCCAGAGUUUAUGGGAUUCAUGAUCUCCCACCCACCAUCAGCAUGGAGGACUCAGACCAGCUAGAAGAUCCAGGUCAGGAAGCUGUGGAUGGGCUCUCUGAGGGGUCCCAAAGUGCCAGUGCAGCGCCAUCUCCUUCGGUUACCCCCCAGCAGUCCUACAUCCAGUACCAGCACUCCUAUUCCUCCUACCUGACUAUGUGUGAGACCAGCGGGGGUGCCUACAGAGGACCGUCCCCAACCAUGGUCCACAACUACCCAGGUUUCCACUAUCCUCUGUACGGAAAGACGGCGGGCAGGGAGGAGUCGGAGGUGAGUCCAGCCGGCAGAGGGGAGGCGGUGAGCGGCAAGCUGAUGGGCGAACCAUCGUCCUCGUCCUCCGGCGUGGAGCUGCUGCAGCAGCCGAGCCAUCAGUACCGUGGAAAAUCCCCCGUUCCUGGUGAGAAGGGUUCCCCAGAAGGAGAACGAGAGAGGAACCACAUGUUGUUUGCUCGACACCUCCACACACACCAUCACACACACCUGGGCAUGAGCUACGGCCUGAUGUCCGGACAGUACGACAUCUACCAAGACGGUGAAGGGAAGAAGUAGGACCAUGUGACCCCGUCUCACGUGGGGAACGGCACGUUUACCGCACAUCAAUUCCUUGGUGUUGAAUAAGCUUCGCCUCGCUGAGAGGCAGAGAACAAAACACGGACAAACCUCUUUCAUUUCUUUGUAAAGACGGACCGCAGUUUUAUAAAACGUCCCAGGGGAGCAGAGGGACAGGAACCAGGACCGGGACUUUCUGUAUAAAUCCUCCCAGUUUUGACGUUGUGCAUAAAACAACACGUCUCAGAGCACGCUCCGCUGUGGCGUUGGUCUGUAUCAAACGCACAUUUACUGUAGUGGAAGAAGAUGAUAUGGCUGAAUGUACCGAGAAGAAGAUUUUAUAAACUCCUGCGG